AUGGCUCUAUGGAUACGCAUAAACAGCGGACGGAGCGCCGCCGCCGGCGGCCGGACGCGGCCUCAGUCAGCCGUCGGGCCCAGUGCAGCCGCCGGCCCGAGUGACCUGGCUCAGGUCAAGUCAGGUCAGGUCUCACGGCAGCCGGGCAGUGACCAAAGGUACACCUGAAGCUAGUCAGAAGACGCCAUCAUGACCGAAGAAAAUGUCAAGGUCGCCGUCAGGAUUCGACCAUUCAACAGUCGCGAGAAGGGCCGCAGCGCCCAGCUGAUUCUCGACACCAACGGGAACACGACGUUCAUCCGCGACCCGGCGCCCGGCGGCGAGACCAAGUCGUUCACCUUCGACCACUCCUACUGGAGCUUCGACGGCUGCAAGGAGAACAACGGCUACUUCGAGCCCGACAAGAGCCACAAAAAUGGCGGCAAGUUCGCUGACCAGAAUAUGGUCUUCAACGACCUGGGUCAGGGUAUUCUCAAGAACGCCUGGAGUGGCUACAACGCCACUCUGUUCGCCUACGGCCAGACGGGCUCGGGCAAGUCGUACUCCGUGAUCGGCUACGGUCCCAACAAAGGAAUCGUCCCAAAGUUUUGUGAGGAAAUCUUCAAAGGUAUCAAGGAGAAGGCCAAGCAACCCAUUGUGUUUGAGGUUAAGUUCAGCAUGCUGGAGAUCUACAGUGAAGUAGUACACGACCUACUGAACCCGGCGAAGAACAAAAAGUCCGGCCUGAAGGUCCGACAACACCCCAAGAAAGGAUUUUACGCCGAGGGUCUGAAGCAGGUGAUGGUGACCUCGUACGCCGACAUUGAGGCGCAGAUGGACGAAGGCACGAUGAACCGGACGGUGGCCUCGACCAACAUGAACGCCACCUCCUCGCGCGCGCACACCAUUGUCGGCAUCCACUUCACGCAGAAACAGAAGAACGCCGCCGGACAGGAGACGGCCAAAACGUCCAUCGUCAACCUGGUCGACCUGGCCGGCAGCGAGCGGGCGGACAGCACCGGCGCCACCGGUGACAGGCUGAAGGAGGGAGCCGCCAUCAACAAAUCGCUCUCCACACUCGGAAACGUCAUCUUCGCUCUCGCCAAACAGUCCAGCGGUGAGAAGGACGUGCGUGUGCCGUUCCGGGACUCCGUGCUGACCCGGCUGCUGCAGAACGCUCUGAUGGGCAACUCCAAGACGGUGAUGGUGGCUGCCCUGUCACCGGCCGACCUCAACUAUGAUGAGACCAUGUCCACGCUCCGCUUCGCCGACCGGGCCAAGCAGAUCAAGACCAAGGCGACGGUGAACGAAGACCCGACUGAGAAGCUGCUCCGCGAGCUGAAGGAGGAGAAUGAGCGGCUCAAGGCCAGCAUGAAGGGCGGCAAGAUCGACAUGGGCAACACGGCCGGCAUGUCGGCGGCCGACAAGGAGGCGCUGCGGAAGGAGCUGGAGGAGGAGAUGCGCGCCCAGAUGCUGGAGAACGACCGGGAGCUCGAGGACAUGAAGAAGUCCUACGAGGAGAAGCUGAAGGCAGCCCACAAGUCCUCGGCCACGGCGGCGGGAGGCGCCGCCGCGGCGACCAACCGCGAGAAGGAGACCAAGCCGCACAUCUACAACCUCAACAUGGACCCCAUGCUCUCCGGCCGCAUCGUCAACAUCCUGAAGAAGAAGCAGACCGAGGUCGGCAAUAGGAAGGGCGGCGAGAGCGACAUCACCAUGGUCGGACCCGGUAUGCAGGAGAAGCACGCCAUCAUCGCUCUGGAUGAGAAGGCCAACAAGGUCAACAUCAAGCCGUGUAACACCGACUGUCGCGUGCUGGUGAACGGGACGCCGAUCCAGGGCGAGACCACGCUCUGCCACAACGACAGACUGGUGUUCGGAGGAACUCAGAUCUGGGUAUUUGCUAACCCAGUGGAGGCGAAACAGAGCAAAAAGAAGUACCCGACUAUCACCUAUGAGUACGCUCAGGAGGAAAUCGCAUCCAAAAACGGCCUCAAGAUGGACAACACAGCAAACAACGCCCAGGUGCAGCUGCAGGAGGACCUGCUGGAGCUGAUGCCGGGAGUCGAGACGGCCAACAGCAUCUCCGAGGAGCUCGACAAGAGGUGCAAGUUCGAGAUCCUGCUCGUCUCGCCGCAGAUGAUGGGCAAAACGUCCGGGAACACCGAGGUCUGUGUCAAGAUGAAGAACCUGGCCAACAACGCUGAGUACGUGUGGUCCAAGGAGAAGUUCCGCAACAACCUGUACCUGAUGCAGGAGAUGUACGCUAACUUCGAGGACGAGGACGACUGGGACCUGCCCGAGUCCCAGGACCCGUUCCGGGAGCCCCCGGACACGGAGGUGAUGAUCGGUGUGUGCCAGGUGGUGCUGCAGCCACUCGCCUUCCAGGUGGAACUCAAGGAUCAGGUGGAGAUCAGCAACUACAAGGGCGCCGAAGUCGGCGUACUCAAUUUGGAGGUCGUGCCCUGUGACGCCUCCGGCAAGGAGUACAAGGAGGAGGACGAUCGGUUCGUCGACAGCCCCGACAUGCUUAUCGGAAAGGACGUCAACUUCGUGGUCAAAAUCAACAGCGCCAGGGGCCUGCCCAAAAGCUACAUGGACGUCUACUGCAAGUACAAGGUGUACCUGGAAGACGAUCACAAGACCAAGAUGGUGAGCGACACCACCAACCCCGACUUCAACGACAAGAAGAUCUUCAAGUUCCCCACGGCCACCAAGCAGUUUGUCGACUACCUGCACAACAGCACGAUGGCGAUCCAGCUGUGGGGCAAGUACCGUCUGAGGAACCUCUCCGGGUCGAUCAAGAACCUCACCACCAAGGACAUCAUGAAGACCGACAGAGGUGUCUUCUCCAGGACGGCGAACCUGAUGAACGGUUUCCAGAUGAACGGCCGGGUGGUGGACCCCCAGAAGCAGUCCAUCAUCGUCGAGCUGCUGCUAAUGAAGAAGACGCAGGCGCGCCUCCAGCAGCGCGUGGACGGCGUCCGUAAGCUGCUGCAGCAUGCCGACAAGAUGGCCCGCCACCGCGUGCCCGUGGAGCUGAUGAAGCGAGCGCUGGACGCCCAGACCUCCGCCCAGGUGGAUAAGUGCAUCCGGGAUCUCGAAGGUAAAUAGAUGACCGCGAUGACGAUGACAGUGGCCGUGGCAGCCGGUCCAGCAAUGGCUCCAGCAGCUCCAUCUGCACAGUCAUGUAGCAACGUUCCCGGCCUCUGCAAACCAUCCCGACCAUACCCUACGCGACCGGCGCCAUCAUACCAAACCCGACCGGUGCCGGCCUCUCUGAGGUGACCUUUCGGUCCAGCCGGCAGAUGCCAACAGGAUGUGGGCGUCUCUGAGAGAAGUGACCUCUCGCUCAAUGUCGCUUUUCAAGUUGAGCUCUCUUUUGAGCGAGGUUAUUCGAUCGCGGACUCACUGACCGCUGGUCUAAGUGGUGUGCAUAAGGACUGGGAUCAGCGCACAAAUUCCAGGCUAAGGAGCGCUGCUACAUGACGACAGAUGUGGUUUGUCUUAGAAGUGAAGGACAAGUGCCGAAGCAAGUUGCAUAUUUUGCACUUUAUUUGGCCGAUACGUGUCUUGAAAGAAACGUUACACACAUGCUAU